AUUCUAAGGUCCAUGAAUCUCUGUCUCAUUUGCUAUACUUGUGCAAAGUGGAAUGGAAAUCGAUCGAGUGACUCAGAGAGACCAGAAAUGGAAAAAAAGUUUAUCUAAUAUAGCUCAGAUAAUGGUUGAUCGUGAACCUCUUCCGCAGGGCUGGGAAGCCAGAUGGGACCCAAAUCGAAAUGCAUACUUUUUCAUUGAUCAUAAUACACGACAAACAACAUGGGUUGAUCCAAGAUUGAAUCCUCAGAGAAAACAAUAUAACAAUCGGUACCAUGGCACCCAACAACCAGCAGAGGUCGUCCACCAAACUGUCACUGACCAAUCAAAUGCCAAGUUCGAGGCCUCAGUCAACGCUCUGCUUAAAGCAUUCCCACAGGCCAAUCAGGAAGUGGUCAGGGCAGUCAUAAAAAGCUGUCAGAACAACCACACAAGAGCCAAAUUGACUCUGAUGUCCAUGGGAUUCAAAGAAACAAAUACUUCUGAAACUGCUAAACAAACUUCUGGAGGAGGGACUCCACAGGGAGAACAAAUGUUGAAUCCCCGCAUACAGCAGCAUACGUCACCUCAAAACCAUCAGGAUGGACAUUAUCAACAAAGCUUUUCAGCCUCUCCCAACCAAAGACGUUCACUUUCUCCUAUUCAAAGACGUUCACUUUCUCCUAUUCAAAGACGAUCACUUUCUCCCAACCAACAGUUCGAUGAUCCAUUGCAGAAUCCAUCUCAAAAUUAUCAGAGGACUUCAAUGUCUUUUAAUCAAGAAAAACACAUAAUUUCUCCAAACCACUCUAACAGAAAAUUAACGCCAAACAAGCAACCGGAGGCAUUACAACAGGAUGAGCACCCAGAUCUACAGCCAAGGCGGCAUUCUUACCAAGUUGCUGCUACAACAACAAAUCAGCAGAAGUAUGUAUCUGCUACAGAAAUGGCAUCUUCAAGGAAAAUUAGCCAUGAUUCUUAUCAAACAAUUCAAAAGCAUAUUCAAGCAGAAGAACACAGGUCCAACAAAGACCCUACCAUAACCACUUUUUCUCAUUCACUUUCCCCAAAGUCCCCAAGCAAACACUCUUCAAUAGACCAAACAUCUACAGUAACUGAAGGCAAUCAAUCUGCAGUGUCACCUUCAGGUCCUAGAAAUCAUAGUUCCCAAUUCAGAGACCAAGAAGUAUCAACUGCUGAGCAGGAGAGACUGAAACAGAGGCUACUGGGUCAGUUUCCAGAAUGUGAGCCUGAAGUUGUGGAGCUGGCUCUGAGUUCUACCAAUUUUAAUGUGUCUGCUACACGUGUUACACUGGAGAAAUGGGAGGGGAGGGUGAAAAGAGAGGAAGAGCAGAGAAGUAGUAAUGAUGAUUAUAAGAAAAGAACCAAAUCUGACAUAACAUCGCCCACCCCUGAUGUUUCCAAAACAACAACCAUUACAGACCAGCCUGAUAACUAUCUUUCUGAUCAGCAAAGCAAUGAAUCUGGGGAAAAUCAACAUUCAGUUAGAAAUGACAACAGCUCUUCAGGAAAAAAGAUAUCUCUGAAAACCUUACUUGUGACAUCUCAAGUUGGGUCUCCUUUUACCAGCUUGAUGAGUAGACUUCCAGGAAUGACAUGUUGUUUUCUCCCUUACAAAUCAUCGACAAACAGUCAAUUCACUUCAAAAGUUGUUACUUCUGACAUAAUUCCACAGUCAUCAUACCGCACAGCGCCACAUGGGCCUAACCCAGCCCUGCCCAAAGGUCCCAAUAAAUCACUCCUAAGCAAGGACUCUGUUCAAGCUACUGGUCCCAACCUGAAGCACAGACAAGGCCCAGAUCCCCACAAUGUUGGGAUGAGGGUUGUUGCAGUUGGCCCAAAUCCUGAUCUAGUGCAGGGUCCUAUCAGUGUACUGAAUGGACAUUCAAUGCUUGUUACUGCUUUGUAAAGGCUGGUAAUUGGAGAGGAAUUGCUGAGCUGUUGGCGUUCUGUGAAAGCAUAUCUGACUGGACGUUCAAUUAAUUGACAUAGAAAUAUGAAUUAUAAACAGAUAUCUGAGAAUCUAGAUGAACUUAUACAUGAAACAGUGCCCUAUAAUAGAGGUACUAUAAGAAAUCAACAUUUUUGAAUGCAUGAUGCAUAUCUUAGGUGUGUAUUUCUUACAGAUUUUCCAACACGUUUCACAAUAUGCAAUUCUAUAUUGCAGUUGAAAUCUAAGGGAAUUUCUUAAAGAUAUCCUUUCUUGUAAAAAUGGUAAAAAUUUAUUUCCUUACUUGUGAUUUUUAACAUUUACAGUUCUUUUAACUACUUCAAAAAAAAAAAAAAAAAAAAAAAAGAAACUGUUCACAUAAUGUUGCAUUUUUCUCACUUAUUAUAGUAGUUUUGUUUGUUGAAUGUCAAUUAAUGU